AUGGCGGAAGGUGCGAAGGCCCAGGAGAGGUUCGCCCUCAUCCAGGAGAACCUGGCUGAGGUCAUGAACCCCGAGAUCCUUGAGAAGAUUCUGGCCGAGGGACGCAACCCGAAGAUUUACUGGGGUACCGCGACAACGGGCAGACCGCACUGUGGUUACUUCGUCCCUGCCAUCAAGUUGGCGCAAUUCCUCGCCGCUGGCUGCGAGAUGACGGUUCUCCUCGCAGACAUUCACGGUUUCCUCGACAACCUCAAGGCCCCGAUUGAGCUCGUCGAGCAGCGCGCCAAGUUCUACAAGUUUGCCAUCACAAACAUUCUUCAGGCUGUUGGUGUGUCCACCGAGAAGCUCAAGUUCGUCUUGGGUAGCUCCUACCAGAAGAGCCCCGAGUACAUCAUGGAUGUUUACAAGAUGAGCUCGCUCAUCAGCGAAAGAGACGCAAAGAAGGCCGGUGCGGAGGUUGUGAAGCAGUCUGACAACGCACCAAUGAGCGGUCUUCUCUACCCCGUUCUCCAGGUUUGUGACGAGGAACACCUUGGUGUUGAUGCGCAGUUCGGAGGUAUGGAUCAGAGGAAAUUGUUCGCGGCAGCGACCGAGUGGCUGCCCAAGGUCGGAUACAAAGUGCGCGCGCAUCUGCUCAACCCUAUGGUGCCAGGUCUGAACGGUGGCAAGAUGAGUUCAAGUGACCCUGACAGCAAGAUUGACCUUCUCGAUGCCCCCGAAGUUGUUCAGAAGAAGCUCCGCAAGGCCGAGUGCGUCCCUAAGGUUGCUGAGGGCAAUGGUGUUCUGGCUUUCGUCGAGUACGUACUGCUGCCUGCGGCCGCUCUGAAGGGCAAGAAGGAGUUCCGUGUUGAGCGCGAGCGCGACGGUCUUGAGCCCUUGGUUUACACCAAUAUUGCCGAUAUGCAUGAGGACUUCAAGAACGAUGUGUUGACGCCUCAGCUCCUGAAGCCGGCUGUCACAAAGGCUCUCAACGAGCUCCUGGCCCCCAUCCAGGCGGCUUUCCAGGCCUCACAGGAGUGGCAAGAGAUUACCACCAAGGCCUACCCGCCAGUGGAGGACGAGAAGAAGAAGAAGAAGAAGCAGCCCAAGGACAAGGGCUCCCGCUACCCCGGCGGAGCCAAGAACGAUGCAGCUAAGGAUGGCGCAGCCAAAGAGACGGAAUUGCCUGUGCGCACGGCCGAGGAGAACAAAUAA